UUCAACUGUUGUUUUGUAUUCAGAGUAUUUUCAUAUCAAUCCGAAACGUGCAACUCUAUUAAUCCCAGAUAUGUUAGCAUCUAGAAAACUUAUGCUAACAUCUAAGAAACCUCAAGAGCAACGUCUAAAAGUUGUAUCCAGAAAGCCAGUAAAGGGUUGUUAUUGUUCUGAGGUAAUCAAAACGCAUACAAAAUCAUCAAGAAUUCAGCACAAGCCAGCGUCGCCCUGUCAUUGCCAAAGUAAACUCGAAAUCAAACCUGUCAAAAACAUUGUUGACCAAGUAGCACUGACUUUGCCUAUUAGCUGUGAAACACUUAGAAGAAUUCAGAAAAUUGACUAUGCGCCCAGAUCUCAAUUCCUUCGCAACGUGCAAAACAAGAUCUGUGAGUUACAGACUGCAGAUAAGGUAAACUCUUUGUGGAUGUGUCCACGAUCAUUCAGUUAUCACCGAUUCACAAACGCAAGGACGCAGAAUACUGUUGCUAAUGAAAGAUCGGCAUUGCCGAGUGAAUGCGUUAGGGAGCCAAAAUCUCUUACGGCACCUGCAAAUUUAUUAUUGAGCGAACAAAACGGGUCCGACGAUAUCAUCUGCGCCUCGAGUAAAAGAACUCAAGUAUCUCCGCGAAAGUUGUCAAAGUCAACAUUACGAAAGACUAUCAGAUCCAAGAGACAUACGGCAGAGUCAAGCGAAAGACCUGCGUCAAAAUCACCGAUGCGAAGUAAACGAACAGCGCAGUUGCAUAAGCAAGAUUGUCCUUGUUGCUGCAAAAGCAAACUGGAGAGAAAGACUACGAAGCUGAGCGGUGAUAAGCGUACAAAGAGCGAUUUACCGGAAUAUUGUGAACGAUGUUUGAGGCAUUACGAUGGUCUUGCAAUUGAUAAUUCCAUGGAUCAGGAAGUAGAGAGCUUGAAAAAGUUCCGAGAGCAAAACUAUUUUGAAACUCAUGGCUCAAGCCACACCUUAACUUCAUCCAGAUCGUCGGGAUCAUUGCAGCAAUAUCUGCUAAAUGAACGAUUGUUUCCAGAGCCGGCAGGCAGAAUUCACAAGCAGGAUUUAGUGGUGACGAUGCCGUCGUGCGCAACAACGCAAAGGAAGCGCGUUCAUUACUUUCCCAGAUACAUAGUGCGACAAGAAAAGGGUACUUGCAAUACCAAUUACAAACGUAAACGUUGCCAAAGCUGCCCUCUCACCGGACACGCCAUUGAUCUCGGAAUCCUGAAAGCUAGACCACCAUUAAAUAGUCUAGCACUCAAGUACCAGAAAAGAGCUCUUUGCUGAACGUGACUGAAGUAUAUCCUCAAAUUUUAAUUUUUAUGAACUCUAGGGUCUAUAUAAGCAACAUAGGCUUGUUUUAUCUCAAAGAUUUGAUAACGAAAAUUUCAA